AAACAGCGGGGCCAUGAGCGGUACCGACCCCGCCCGGCCCGGACACCCCCGGCCCGGCUGCCAGGGGCUGGGCAGCCUCCUGCGGUGCCUCCGCGACAGUGAAGCCAGGAGGCUGGAAUUAGAAAGAAAACUGAUAGAAUACAGAAAAUCUGAUGCAUACCUAAUGAAGGUAAAACACAUGAAGCUGAAAAAAUACUUGAAAGAAAUAGAUGAGCGACACAAAGGAGCCCUUCUGCGGAACCAGAGCCUUUUAAGGGAGUUUGACAGGUUUGAAGCUCAUGUGAAGGCUUCAGGCUCAGAGAUGAUUCAGAAGAUGGCAUGGUAUGGGAGAGAAAUGAAAAGCACAUUACCACUUCAGGAGGGUGACUUGUCAGCAGAAGGUGACACGGAGGAAGACCAGGAGGAGCAGAUGCUGAGGAUGGGAGUGCAAGCAGGAAUUAGCACCAGGGAGGCCAUGCCAAGAGGAUUGUUUCAUCCAGCCACAGUCUCCAUGAGCCACCACACAUCAUCCAUCUCAGCUGCUGGAGGUUUGGACAUGGGGCAGAACCCCCCCCAGGCUGCAGAGAGUAGCUUGGUGCCUGACCUGCCCUCUUGCCCUCUGUCACUUGGAGGACUUGGUCAGAAGAGCAGAAGCACUGAUCUAGAGGGUGAUGCCUCAGUGGAGGAAGCAGGGAGACGUGGGGACCUGGCAAGCAGUGAGGAAGGCUCCAAGCAGCUCCCCUCUUCAUCCUCUGCCCCUGAAGAGGAACAGCUGCAGGGAAACAUCCCAGGACCAGACUCUGUCCUGAAUAACUGGGGGGCUUGUCAGGAGGUGAGCCAGGAGUGCAGCCCUGAGCUCCCUGUGAGCACCGAGGAGGAGAUGCUGAGCACCCCAGGUGAGGGGCAGGGCAGGGUCUCUCCAGCAGCCAGCUGGGGUCCCCAGGCUGCUGAGGGACCCCCACUGCAGCCACCACCCCCUCCCACUGUGCAGGAGGAGCUCUCCAUCAGCUCAGUGCCAGACAGGGUCAGUGGGAUGCUGUCAGGACUCUCCUGUGCCCUGCAGUUGAUAGAGGAGGUGGUGGUGAGGAUGAGCCCCCAGCACCGGGUGCUGUACCAGCAGCUGGGGACCAUGGGGACAGCAGAGCUGCUGAGCUUUUGUAAUCGGGCUGGCAGUCUGAAAGAAGAUGACCUUGAAGCAUGCGAAGCAGUCGUCCUUCAUCAGCUUCAGGCUUUAUUACAGAGCACACUGAAUAGCUGCCUCCUACCUGAGGAAACACUUGAUGCUGGAGGCAGAGUGGUGGAUGAAAAGCAAACCAGGACAGAGCUGGAUGUGCUGCAGGCACAGCUGAGGGACCAUGGCAUCUUCCUGAGAAACCACCAGGUCCAGCUGACAGAAGAAGUGGCAGAGAUGUUUGAAAGGCUGCUGGUUUCUGGCAAGGAGGCACAGGAUGGCCAGGCUCUACCCGUGUUGAGAGAGGCCCUUCCAGAAGAGUGUGGGGAUAGGUCAUCUGUUCAGAGUAAUGAAUCAUCUUGCAGCUUGCCAUUGAUCCCAGACACCAGCAGGGAAAUAAAGCAGGCAAAACACCUUCCCCAGCUCACCAGCACAGGAGAACAAGGUGGGGAUAUUGGCAGCAAUAGCUCCAAAACAAAAGAAAGCCUGGAAAUGCAUUUGGAAAGUAGUUCUUCAUCAAAUGAAAGAAGUCUUCCCCUCUCAAGGACUGAAACUAGGAAGGGAAUAGUGCCUGUGAUAAAAUCCAAAGCUUUCUGGGGUGAAUCUGAUGACAGCAGCUCAGAGAUUGAGGCUGCUCUGCGCCCACAAACUCACAGCACAGCAGACGAAUUCGAUGACUUCUAUGAUUAAGAAGAAAUAAACAGUAUCAUCUUUUCUGUCCUGAGAGUGAUGUCUAAAGUGCAGCUCAUCACUUUAGAGAUGAAUACAACUAAUACAAAACACUGCUCUAUGCACA